ACGAAGCAAUAAAACCCUCAAAUACUGUAUCAAAGCAUAUAGAUUUUUAUAAAUAUAUAUACAUAUUUACAAUGGAACCUAUCGUCUUCUUCCAACGCCUUGUUUGUACCGUUUUGUUGGUUACCGCACCAAUGGUGAUGGUGACGUGUCAACUGGAUUACAUGUAUUACGUCAGAAGCUGUCCAAACCUAGCCAGAAUCGUCCGAUACGGUGUCGCUUCGGCUCUUAGCAACGACACCCGCAUGGCUGCUUCUCUCCUUCGUCUUCACUUCCAUGAUUGCAUCGUCAACGGCUGCGAUGGAUCUCUGUUGCUAGACGACAACGAUGGCAUCAAGAGCGAGAAAAAUGCACUUCCGAACCAAAACUCGGCAAGAGGUUUCGAAGUGAUAGACUCCAUUAAAGCAAACUUGGAGAAAGCUUGUCCUUCCACUGUUUCUUGCUCCGACAUUCUCGCCUUGGCCUCUAGAGACGCUGUCUAUCUCGCGGGUGGUCCAUUUGUUCCGAUGCCAUUGGGAAGAAGAGAUGGAAGAAGUGCGAGUAUAGAUGGAGCCAAUCGGCAAAUCCCUUCACCCUUCGAGCCUCUUGACAAUCUCACCGCUAAAUUCACUUCUAAAGGCCUCUCCCUCAAAGACGUCGUCGUUCUCUCUGGGGCCCACACAAUCGGGUUCGCCCAAUGCUUCCUGUUCAAGUCGAGGCUCUUCAACUUCGGAGGAUCGGGUAAACCCGACCCGACGCUAUCCGAGUCGUUCCUACAGAGCCUGCAGACGCAGUGCCCAAACCAGGACUCGUCCGACACGAACCUCGCGCCUCUCGACGGCGUGACCACGACCAGGUUCGACAACGUGUAUUAUCGGAACCUGCUCAACGGCUCCGGCUUGCUCGGCUCCGACCAAGCCCUCAUGACCGACAACACGACGUCGUCUUUGGUCCUUUAUUACAGCCAGUACCCUUACGCGUUUUACCGAGAUUUCGGCGUCUCUCUCGUGAAAAUGGCGAAUAUCGGUGUCUUGACCGGAAGCGAUGGAGAGAUUAGGAAGAGCUGUAGGCUGUUGAAUUAGCCUUUUGUCGCAUUAUGAGAAGAUUCUCAAUGCUAGCUUCGCUCAAUAAUAAAUAUCAUCAUAUCUAUGAUCUAUGUAUUAUAAUUAGUAAAAUUCCAAGACGAACCAAUUAUCCCA